AUGCUCUGGCGGCUCCAGCCGGCGAGCGGUAAGGGCGGUUCGUCAACGGAAAAGUCACCAUGUUCCUAUUUGUGGUUUAACUAUGGUUGCCACUAUAUGAAUCGACAUAAUUAUUUGAAUAUUGUUCAUCAUUUGAGAAGCGAGUUAUAUAAUAAUACAAAUAUCAGUUGGAAAUUUAAAAGGCGAAAUUAUCUUCAAUAUCGAUUUGAUUGCUCUAAAAAUUUAUAUUCAAAAAAUUUUAUGGGACAUUUUGGUUGCGUAAAUGCACUGGAUUUUUCAAACAAUGAUGGUUUACUCCUAGCAUCUGGUGGGGAUGAUAAACGAGUAUUAAUCUGGAAAAUGGAAGAAACAUUAUUUUCUACAGAAAGUCGUCCAAUACAAUUAAAUGUCACACAUUUAAGUAAUAUAUUUGCUGUGAAAUGGGAUACUGAAAAUCGUCGAGUAAUUUCAGCUGGAAAUGAUGAACAAAUUCUAGUACAUGAUGUUUGCAAACAAGAUCGUAGUGAAUUAGUUGAUUUUUUUAUUCAAACUUCUCCAAUUUAUGCGAUAUCCGUUGAUCCAUUGCACAGUGAAAUAUUUGCAUCCGCAAGUGAUUUGGGAUCAAUUCACAUCUAUGAUUUAAGAAUCGGACAUUCCACAGAUCCAUUUGUUUUGACUAAAACAAUGACACCAUUUCAUGGUGUAGCCUAUAAUCCACAACAAUCAUGUUAUAUAGCUACAGCGAACGCUCACGAAGGAAUUGCACUAUAUGACGUUCGAAAUAAUAGUGGUCCUGUGUUACGUUAUGGUAUAUCUGGGAACGAAGAUACGUCUGCUACUGGGUCAUUUAAAACACUUGAGCGUGUUGAUGGCAUGAGUGUUUGUUUUAAUUCCAAUGGCACGCUAUUAUACGCAUUACGUCGACGUUUACCACCUGUUUUGUAUAAGUUGAACGAGUCCAGAGCCUAUUGUCAAUUUGAUGCUGAUGAUUAUUUCAAUUCGUGCACGAUGAAAACAGGAUGUUUCGCAGGAGAUAGAGAUCAGUAUGUUGUAUCUGGUUCAGAUGAUUUUAAUGUUUAUGUAUGGAAAAUACCAACAGAAAGUUUAAAGGAUGAAGAUAUGUCUUCAACGAAUAAUCGACGAUCACUGACGUCAUUUUCAUCCGAGCAUUAUGUGUGGAAUGCACAUUUAAUAUUACGUGGUCAUCGAUCCGUUGUCAAUCAAGUACGUUUUACAUCUCGUAUACAAACAUUAGUAUCAAGUGGUGUUGAGAAAAUUAUCAAAUCAUGGAUACCAUUUAGGUAUUCCGGUUGUUCAGGUAAUGUGGACGAUAAUUUAAAUGAAAUGACAAUCGAAGGUCGUGAAAUUUAUUCUCAUGAUGAUUACAUUCAGUCUGUAUUUGAAACGGGCGCCAUGUAUCAUGAUUACAGUCAAGAAAGUAUCGAAGAAGAUAAGCGAAUGAUAGCAUUUUUUGAUUCACUAGUACAACGAGAAUUAGAUGGAAAUUGGACACUCUCAUCCGAAGAUGAAGAGGACAGUUGUAGCGAUAACGAUGAGGAGAAUAGUAGUUCAACAGAUGAUGCGGAUACAACAAGUGUUGUAACAGAUCCCCAAAUUCAAAUUGUUGAAUUAGCGGAAAAUGGUACAGAUGUUGAAGAUGACAAUAUUUUGUUAAUGGAUUGUAUCAAUAAUUUAUCAUCAGACACAGAUGAAGAUGUAGAAACACCGAUAAUAUUAAAUAUAGAACGUCCCAUGUCGCCUACGCCACCAUCAAGUUCGUCUCGGUCAACUUCUUGCAAUGAUAUUGAUCGUGCUGAAACAAAAUUAUUAGAAUAUAAAACAAAAAUGGAACAAUAUUUGCAUACAGACCAACAACGAGCAGCUAACAAUCAUACAACGACACAUCAUAAUGUGAAGAAGUGUGAUGGAAAAGAACAAUCUGCAACAGAAACGAACUGCAUCUCGCCAACGGACAUGUUAUUCAUACAGAGACGAUCAUCUCUAUCACGAAGAGGGACGGAUACAACAACAACAAAUAGUCAUUAUUCCACAUUUAGUCUUCGGGCACGUCGACCAAAUCGAACUAUUUCGUCGAUUGUUCGUCAACAAAGAGUUAAAUACGUUCAAAAGUUGAGGCAGAGUGCAGACAUUCCAGUUAUUAUCGAAUUGAAUGACACUAGUAACAGCACAAGCAUAAAUACAGCAACCACUCUAUCUAAAAUUGUCGAAGAAAGCAUUAACAGUGAAACAUCAGUAUCAUCAAAUAGUAACAAACAUUAUGCACAUUCAAUAUCAAAUUCACCAAAUCGAAAACGACAACGUCUAUUAUCGCCUGAUCAUCGAACAACAGUGAAUUCUCUUGCUACUGAUGAACAUAAUCAACGUCAAAAUCUAAACACAUUGAGAAGGUUAAGAAAUUUUAUUCGUUUAGACGAUGCCAGAGAAGAACACUUGACUUCAUCGUCUUCUUUGCCUACAACCGGUGAUAAUAACAAUACCAUAAAUAAUACACGUGGAAAUACGAAUAACACAUCUGUUUUGUAA